GAUUUAUCCGCUGCGUCGAUUAAUGCGCCCGCUUGUGAAAUAAGCGGAAAACACGUAAAACUAGAAUAACCAAAUUAUGGCUACAUGGAAUCCAGAUAACGAUGAGGACCUCUUGACAGGCUCCGAGGAUGAGGAGGAAGUGGCUAUGAAAAAGGACUAUCAUGGGCGCGAGGCCAUUCUCUUUGUGGUGGAUGCAAACCUGCAGACGGCCGGCGUAGAGCGACUGAUGGACGCACUAAACAUCAUUCGGACAGCCUUUAUAUCCGGAAUCCUUGUGAAUGACAAAGAUCUAAUCGGACUUAUCUUCGCCAACACUAAGCACAGCCCCUUGCCAUUAGAAUCCAGCGCCUUGGACAACAUCGUGAUCCCUGAGAACUGCGCCGUGUUCCUGCCCCUGCGACAGUUGACUAAAGCCAUUGUAGAGCACUAUCUGGAUUUCAUGAGCGGGGCGGAGUCUCAGUUCGAAAAUGUGUAUGGCCUGGCAGAGCCCAAUGGCAGCGGGAGAUUUGACCUUAUGAUACGGCUCUGCAUCCAGCUAUUGGAGAAUUGCGGCAAGAAAUUGAAUAACGCCAAAAUCGCCUACUUGACAGAUGUUAGUACACCUCAUCCAGCGUCUAGCAAUUACUUUCAGGCUGCUUUGCAAAAGGCCAGAGAUCUGGAGGGCAAGGAGUUUGAGUUUCAUGUUAUUCCCAUGGUAGAUGACUUUGACUACGAGCCUUUCUACAAGGAGUUCAUCACGCUUUCAAGAGCCAUCGAAUUGGAUGCCUUUCAAGAACCGGAUCCUCAAAUGCUGCGAGAAAUCCUGGCCGACCGCAAGCUGAAGCAGGACUUCCUUCGGCGCUGCCUUGGACACUUUAGCUUCCAACUGGGCCCCAAUCUCUCCAUGUCCGUACAAUACUAUAACUAUUUUCAGCGACGCUCGUAUCCGCGCAAAGUACAAAUCAUGCGAAAGGACAGUAGCGUGGUGCGCAGCAAGAGGGUAAUUACAGUACAAAAGCGAAAGGACGACGAAUCUGAGGAUAUUGUUCACGAGUACCAGAUCAAGUCCACAGACGGUUGGUACCAAUGCGACGUGGGUGGGAAGAACCUACGUAUCAGCACGGAUUUGUUAAACCGGGUGCGCAGCUUGCACAAGCCUAAAAUGAUGCUGCUGGGCUUCAAGCACCGCUCCUCACUUCCAGAAGUGACCUACAGCAAGCCGUCGAACUUCAUGUAUCCUGAUGAUCAGAGCAUCAUCGGAUCAAAACGGCUUUUUCGAGCUUUGUGGGAGCGCUGCCUGGCGCGGGAGAAAAUAGUCAUUUGUCUGUUUAUGUGCAAACGGAAGUCCAUGCCUCGUUAUGUGGCACUGGUUCCUGUGGAGGCCUCGAAUUCAAGGGAGGAUAAGACUUACCGUUCUCUGCUCUGCGGUGAUGGAUUCAAAAUCGUAUACUUGCCGGAGGCAAAGCAUAUCAGAAACAUAGAUAUGUAUGAGUGGAACGAUACUGGAAAUUCGGCUAGCGAAGAGGGCGUUGAUUUUUUUCAGAAAAUCAUAAAGAAACUGCGCGUCGACUACCAGCCCAAUCUUAUCAAUGACCCAAAUCUGGACGCCCUGCAAGCAAAUCUUUUGUCUUUAUCCCUGGAUUUUACGACGGACAGCAAAGGCAUCGAUAAUUUGCUGGACUGUACACAACAGGACAUGCGCAUCGAAAAAUAUCUGCCCGACUACGAAAAGAUUUUCGAUCCAGAAAUGGAGCCGGCCAAGAAACGAGCAGCCAAGUCCACCUCAACGGGAGAAAGUGCCCCAAAAAUGGCCAAGAUUGAUGAGGAGCAAAUCAAGAGCUACGAGUUUGUAAAGGACCUAAUCAAAGAUAAGUGCCUUACCAGGUGCACAGCUGUUCAACUUCAGACUAUAUUAAAACAUCAUUUUGACGUCACUAUGCCUAAGUCCUCAUCCAAGGCAAAGUUGGUAGAUCAAAUCGAGCAAUUGAUUGGUUCAACGGCAUAGGGUGAUGUUAUUGUUUUUAGAGUAUAAUAUAUAAAGUAGAUGUGUUACACAUCCUAACGAUAAGAUUGUUAAAUUGUAAGAUUUUUUCAUUUUUUUAUUCCCUCCUGCGACCCUGUAAAUUCUGAAUUCUUGAAAAGGCAAAAGUAAAAAAUAUCCAAAAGUA